GGAGCUUGUCGUACAUCUUGGUACACCCAGUGCUGUUUUAUUGGAGGAAGGCGAGAAGUUUGUGAUGGAUCUCCAGCAAGCUAAAAACACUAUUCUCUGUUUACUGAGACAGGUGUCAUCUGAUUCGCUGCCUGCUGUCAUUCACUGGAUUAAAAACAGCGAGGAGAUUGAAGACUUGGCAACUAGUAAUUCUGAUAUCAUUCUGAGAAAUAUUGCAGAUGACCUUCGAAGCUGUUUACCUAUUGAAGCCAUGGCCAGCUCUGAAAACAAAACAAAGCAAAGUAUACAGGAACUCCAGCAGCCCACCCUGCACGUGGAUGCAUUUCUCUAUGAUGAAGAGACUAUUGACUCAUUGUGUGAUGAGGGAAAGAUGAGUCGUAAUUAUUGUUUGUCCUGUGGUUCCAGAAAAACAGCGCCAUUAGAGUUUCUUUCGCAUUCCUUUUCUCUGGCGGAGCUCAAGUUUCUUUUUCAUCAUGCGUUACCUGACUUGACUGGGAAAACACUAGUAGAUGUUGGCUCCAGACUGGGCGCUGUUCUAUAUGCGGGCUAUAUAUACAGCUCAGCUAGUCGAUUAUAUGGAGUGGAAAUGAAUGCUGAAUUCUGUGAUCUUCAAGAGAAAACAAUAAGCAAAUACCAUUUUGGUGACAGAAUCCAGAUAUAUCAUUCAGAUGUCUGCAGUCAAAAGUCCCUUCUUCAAGAUGCGGAUGUAGUUGUAUUAAAUAAUGUUUUUGAAUACUUCCUUGACAAAACGGAACAGACAAAAGCAUGGAUGUUCUUGAAGGAGACCUUAAGGAAAAGUGGGUGCCUUCUGGUGACUGUGCCAAGCUUGCAGGAGUCCCUACAAAAACUGCAGAUGAACAUACAACUUGAUCAGUGGGUAGAGGAGAUCAAACUGAAUCAAGAUGUCUUUUUAGGACCAGACACUGACGUGCAGUCUCUAAGUGACAUUCAUUUGUACCAUGUCUUAUAGCAUCUUUCUGACAGUUGCUAUUGACUUCCUUCAAAUUUUGGACACAUUGUACAAUUUGAAUGGACAGUAAAUAUCUGUUUGGAAACUGACUGUGCUAUAAGAUACAUGUUCAUAUUUAGUCUAACUAUUGAAACCUUAUGUUUUAAGAAAUACAGAUAGACUUUUGCAUUCCAGCAAGAAGGAAUUCUGGGCUAUAAACAACAUAGAUGCCAAGAUGACUGGAUAAACUUUAUAGCACAGCAAAACAAUAAAAAAAUACCUAAUGUCAUACUUGGGAUAGCUAGAGGCCAUUUAUUGAUGGCAAAUGCAGAUAGAUGGUGGCCAAACAGUCACUGCUCAGUUUGUAUAACAAGUACAAAACCUGUACCCUUAAAGGUAACAUGGUCUAAUUAAUCAUCUUUCCUCCUAUUUUCUAGAUCCAGUCAGGUUUACAGUUGGAGGAUGUGAGCGGAUGCCUUCAGCCCACAAUGUUUAUUGGAAUCUGGUGGGGAGUCUGUAAUGGGAUGGGCUGUAAUCUGUUAGAAAUUAUUCCUUUGCAUUUUCACAUAACACCCAAGGAAUAGGAGGCUAUUUUAUAGGGCCAAGUGAACUCUCUGGUAAAUUAAUUGUUCCCUUAUCCCAUAUUGCAGGAUGAUAAAGUCCCCACAUCAACUACUAAAACAUAUUAACAUAUUCAGUAGUAGUCAAAUGUACACAAGGAUGAAGUCAAAUGCUUCCAAUCAUUUAGGAACAAUGUUUUGCAAAUUCAGCUGCCAAGUGACCCCUCGUGUCUGCACAGCUUUCUCACUGUGAAUGAGAUUAUAAGAUCUUUGGAAUGCGACUUUGUUUGAACAUUGUUAAUUUCUUCUUGUUAAAAUGCACUCACCAUUAUUACGUAGUCAUGUCCAUAGUGCCAGUAAAAGGAAAGCCAAAUCAGUAUCCAACUUUUGGUCAAGCACAGUCCAGAGUUGAAAUCAGACCAAGCAAUGCCUUAUAAAAUCAUAGCGAUAGAAGCACAGUCAACAAGCCAGUGGUCAAAAUCCAGAGGAGAAGAUAUACAUAAUCAGGAUCUGGAAAAAUACCAUUCAAGGAAACAGUCCAUAAUUCAUAUUCAGGUAAUACAGCACAGGAUUGUACAACCAGAUAGCUAUCGGCAAAGCAAAAAACUGUGUCAUAAAUAGGCACCUGGUUUGUACAAGGAAAAUACAUGAUUGAGGAAUGAUAAAAAUGGUGCCAGCCUGAACAAAAACCCUUUAAAUGUGGUAAAAAUGCAGAGAAAUCAUGACAGUUAUUUAAUGUCAUUACACUGUGCAUAAUGAUGUCCAAAGAAAUCAGGAAGUGUCCAGACGCAGAGGCACUUGCUCAUUGCUGAGGGUACAGUGGGAAGCUCUUACACAUUUUAUUUCAGCCACACACCACAUAGAUAUAUGUGCAAUAACUUGUUUGAAAGAGGGAAUUUUUGCCUUUAAAGGGACAUUAAACACUUUGAGAUGGUAAUAUAAAAUUAUAAAUUGUAAUAUAUAUAUUUUCUUAAUUUCAACAAGGAUUUGAAUUUAAAUAUUGCAGCUGAUAAGACAGACUUUAAGGGUGGUCACUAUGACUACACUGCUUGAAGGAAAUCAAAGUUUCAAAACCUGUGCAAUUAUUGCAAGCAGGUUAAGAUUGAUCAGCUUUAUAGUGAUAAGGUGAAAAAAAAUGGUAUUAAAGUGUUUUUUAGGUUUUGUACCAUGAUAUAGGAAACAUCUCAAGUGUGGGGUAAACUGUUACUUUUUGUUACACACUACUCUACUCUAAAUGUGUAUAUUUAUUAGACUUGUGCACGGCAGAAAAAUUAGUUUAGGACUGAUUCGGAUUUUUUCGUUUUUGGAUCGAUUCGAAUUCGGAUACAUUCGAAUGUAUUCAUUUCAGAUUCAUUUGGAUUCGAAUAAAUAUAAGUAGCCACCUCACAGGUACCAGCUACACAAUAUGAACAGAGCUAGCAGAGGUAUAUGACCUAAUAUACAGUACAUAAUACUAGUGUAAUACACAGCACAUCCCACCUAAGUACCAACCUCACAGGUACCAGCUACAUAAUGUGCCCUGCACAGAGCUAGCAGGAUGAUAUAACCUAAUAUACUGUACAAUACUAGUGUAAUCAGGGCCGCCAUCAGGGGGUGACAGGGGUGACUCCUGUCAGGGGCCCAAUGGGCUAGGGGGGGCCCAUGAGGCAAGAACUAAAAAAAAAGAUUUUUUUAUUUUUUUUGGGCAGCCACCAGUUGGUACUACAGCAGAGUGUUAAUUGAGCAUGGGAAAUGUUAUUACAAGGAGUAAUGUAUUAGCAUUUGAGAGGAUUUCUGAGUGUGCACUAAACCACUAUGCACAGUGUGAGACAGACUUGGCACUUUGUUUGUAGAGUGUGUGCCUGAGUCAGACGGCUGAUCACUUUCAUUUGCAGAGGAGGUAGGAAUUACUUAGCAAAUGUUUUUUAUUUCUUUGUGCAAUUUAAGAUUGUAACUUCAGUGUGGCAGUAGUUGUAUGGUGGGGCCAGGGGUCCAUAAAAAACACAUUUUUUUAGCAGCAGUGUAUUUAUGAUUAUUUGACAAUGCUGUAUAAAUUCUAUAUUUAAAACCAUGCAGAAAUGUUUCCUCCUCAAUACACAAAUGAUAUAUAUUGCAUUCCAGUUUACUGCCCCUUUAUGCAAGGACUUUCCAGAUACAAAGAGGCAUUUUAUCUAAGAUUUUUACAUUUGCAUAACAUAAUAUUUGCAUAUACUCUCAGACUAAGAUUGCUCAGUGUUGGAAAUGAGACAGGUUAACUUAAAACUGUUCAGUUUACUCUACAGCUGACUUAAUUUUGAAAUGCAUACCAACAAGCUUAAAUCCUGCAUUUAACCAGAUCUAAUGGUAUGAGUACCACAGCUUAUGGUUCCACCAAGACCAUAUAGAGUACAGCAUUUUCAAAAUCCACAAGUACAGCUGACAGAUGGGAACAUUUUUACACUAUAUUUGAAGUGGUGCUCUUGGUUGGGGAAAAUAUCAAACAAACAUAUGUCAACCUUUUAAAAGUACUUUUCUUCAUCUAGCCAUCUACCCAGAUCAUUAAUGUACAAUUUUGAAUUCACAGAAUUAUUUUUGUUUGCACAUUUACAAAUAUGAUUCUUUAAAAAAUGA